GGAGAGGAGUAAACCACUUGGGGACGUGCUGUUACAGAACAAUAAUCAUCUUGGAGGUGGAAACAGUAGCUCUGCUGAAAUGAACUGAGUAACUGAAUGUUUCUAAACGGAAGUAAAUGUUUGAGACUAAAUAUUAAUUCAUUAAACGUCACUUCAGUCAUUAUUGUGGACUGCACACGUAAAGACACAAUCAUCUGAACCCGUCUAAAUAAAGCAAAACCACGCCCCCUUUAUCACUUUACUGAGUGUUUAUUACUGCGGUGACAGAAUCCGAUAGUCCUCAGUGCAUAAGAGUGGCAAUGUGAAGCGACACACACACACACACACACACAGAGAGAGAGAGAGAGAAAGCUGUUACUGAAAUGUUUUGCUGCAUUUCUGCGCCUUUAUCCGCACGGCACCCGGGGGCGCGCGAGCGCAGGAUUAAGCCCCUCACUCACUCACUCACUCAGGCAGACAGACAGACAGAGCGCGCGCGGAUCGGGGAUGUCUGUGGGCUGCCGGUGAGAGACAGACCGACACUGCUGUCUGACAUUCUGUGUGUGUGUGUGUAUGUGUGUGUCGCGGUUAUCUGCGCGCUCAGCUCGGUGGUCGCGUGCCGGCGGUGUUGUGUAUCCUCGUCCUCGCGCUCCCGGUGAUGCAGCAGCAGCAGCAGCAGGGUCCGCGCGCGCUGAAGGAGGGCGUGCUGGAGAAGCGCAGUGACGGACUGCUGCAGAUGUGGAAGCGGAAACACUGCACGCUCACGGAGGAAGCCGUGCUGCUGCACGCGCCCAAACACGCACACCAGCACGCGCAAGCGCAGCCGCAAGCGCAGCCGGCGGGAAAGGGCAAAGAGCUGCACUUCUCGCGCGUGAAGACGGUGGACUGCGUGGAGCGGAAGGGCAAACACGGCUACUUCACCGUGGUGAUGGCGGACGGGAAGGAGAUCGACUUCCGGUGCCGGGCGGACGAAGGCUGGAGCGCGGAGAUCACGCUGCAGAUGGUGCAGUAUAAAAACCGACAGGCCGUGCUCGCGGUGCGCUCCACGCGCCACAAACACCAGCGCCUCGUCAUCAGCAAACCGGAAACCGAGGUCACGGUGCCGGCGGGGGAGAGCCGCGCGCACAGCGGAGCUUUGGGUGGAGGUCAGAGGUCAGAGGUCAGCAUGGGCACUCUGGCCGCUCUGCAGCUACGCAGCUCCAUACGCAGCAAGCUGCGCCGCACUGUGUGUUCUGACUCGUUACUCAGCCAACACACUGACUGCUCGCUUACCGUCUAACGUGUCCCAGACCUCGACAUGCGCCGUGCUGCGAGAUAAUCAGCGUUAUUCAUUUCACCUGUUAAACGGAUUCAUCAACUCUUCACAUAGACAGACAGAUGGAUAGACGGAGAUGACACACACACAGAUACACUCCAACUGUGGAACUGACCUCAUCUGUGUGUGUGUGUGUGUGUGUGUGUGUCUGUGUAAAUCAGCAGCUUCCUCUUCAUUCAUCAGGCCAAAGACACCCUGUUUCUCCACCCAACGUCUCCAUCAGCUCCACUGAACACCUCUGCCCCUCCUGUUCAGGAAUGGUCUGUUCCAGCUUCAGACACACUCUCCCUUAUCCGUUACAGUGGGUGUGGUUAUGAAGUCUAAUUGUCAGUUGUCAUGGUUACCGUGUCCUAGCUGUAGUAGGAGAUCGGAAGUUCGGAAGUUCACUUCCUGUGUGAGGUGUGUGAGGGACUGGGCCUGAGACACAGAGACACACUGCGGACACUUACACAUGACAACAGGCAGAGGAGUGAAGGAGACGUCUGUCUGUCUGCCUGUCUGUCUGUCUGUCUGUGUAUCUGUGUGUCUGUCUGCCUGUCUGUCUGUCUGUCUGUGUAUCUGUCUGUCUGUCUGUCUGUCUGUGUAUCUGUGUGUCUGUCUAUCUGUCUGUGUAUCUGUCUGCCUGUCUGUCUGUCUGUCUGUCUGUGUAUCUGUGUGUCUGUCUGCCUGUCUGUCUGUCUGUCUGUGUAUCUGUCUGUCUGUCUGUCUGUCUGUCUGUGUGUCUGUCUAUCUGUCUGUGUAUCUGUCUGUCUGUCUGUCUGUCUGUCUGUCUGUGUAUCUGUGUGUCUUCCUGUCUGUCUGCCUGUCUGUCUGUCUAUCUGUGUGUCUUCCUGUCUGUCUGCCUGUCUGUCUGUCUAUCUGUGUAUCUGUCUGUCUGCCUGUCUGUCUGUGUAUCUGUGUGUCUUCCUGUCUGUCUGCCUGUCUGUCUGCCUGUCUGUCUAUCUGUGUAUCUGUGUAUCUGUCUGUCUGUCUGUGUAUCUGUCUGUGUAUCUGUCUGUCUGUGUAUCUGUGUAUAUGUCUGUCUGUCUGUGUGUCUGCCUGUCUGUCUGCCUGUCUGUGUAUCUGCCUGUCUGUCUGUCUGUGUAUCUGCCUGUCUGUCUGUCUGUGUAUCUGCCUGUCUGUCUGUCUGUCUGUCUGCCUAUCUGCCUGUCUGUCUGUCUGUCUGUGUAUCUGCCUGUCUGUCUGUCUGUCUGUCUGUGUAUCUGUCUGCAGCUGGAACAAACUAUUCUAUAAAGGUGGUGGUGAUGAUGGUGGUGAUGAUGGUGGUGAUGGUGGUGAUGAUGGUGGUGAUGAUGGUGGUGAUGGUGGUGAUGAUGGUGGUGAUGAUGGUGAUGGUGGUGAUGAUGGGGUUCUGAUCUGUCUGGAGGUUGAUGAUGUGAGAUGUGUGAGUGAAUUUCUCACUGUAAUGUACAACUGAUGAAGGACCUCAGACGUGUGUGUGUGUGUGUGUGUGUGUUUGUGUGUGUGUGUGUGUCAUAUGCAUUUGUUAAAGCUGCUUUCAUAAAUAAACACUCCAUUUCAAGCA